CCCCAAACCCUCUCCCAUCGCCGCCUCCCCCCACCACUCCCCCUCCACCUCUGCUAGAUCCAAUCCACCAACCUUCUCCAUGGCGCUCUCCGUGGAGAAGACCGCCUCCGGCCGGGAGUACAAGGUCAAGGACCUCUCCCAGGCCGACUUCGGCCGCCUCGAGCUCGAGCUCGCCGAGGUGGAGAUGCCGGGCCUCAUGGCCUGCCGCGCCGAGUUCGGGCCCUCGCAGCCCUUCAAGGGCGCCCGGAUCUCCGGCUCCCUCCACAUGACCAUCCAGACCGCCGUGCUCAUCGAGACCCUCACCGCCCUCGGCGCCGAGGUCCGCUGGUGCUCCUGCAACAUCUUCUCCACCCAGGACCACGCCGCCGCCGCCAUCGCGCGCGACUCGGCCGCCGUCUUCGCCUGGAAGGGCGAGACGCUCGAGGAGUACUGGUGGUGCACCGAGCGCUGCCUCGACUGGGGCGCCGGCGGCGGCCCCGACCUCAUCGUCGACGACGGCGGCGACGCCACGCUGCUCAUCCACGAGGGCGUCAAGGCCGAGGAGGAGUUCGAGAGGUCCGGCAAGGUCCCCGACCCGGCGUCCACCGACAACCCCGAGUUCAAGAUCGUGCUCACCAUCAUCCGCGACGGGCUCAAGACCGACGCCCGCAAGUACCGCAAGAUGAAGGAGAGGCUCGUCGGCGUCUCCGAGGAGACCACCACCGGCGUCAAGAGGCUCUACCAGAUGCAGGAGUCCGGCACCCUCCUCUUCCCCGCCAUCAACGUCAACGACUCCGUCACCAAGAGCAAGUUUGACAACCUUUACGGUUGCCGCCACUCGCUCCCUGAUGGUCUUAUGAGGGCCACUGAUGUUAUGAUCGCCGGCAAGGUUGCUGUGGUCUGCGGUUAUGGUGAUGUUGGCAAGGGCUGUGCCGCUGCACUCAAGCAGGCUGGUGCCCGUGUGAUCGUGACAGAGAUUGACCCCAUCUGUGCCCUUCAGGCCCUGAUGGAGGGUAUCCAGAUCCUCACCUUGGAGGAUGUUGUCUCUGAUGCUGACAUCUUUGUGACCACCACUGGAAACAAGGACAUCAUCAUGGUGGACCACAUGAGGAAGAUGAAGAACAAUGCCAUUGUCUGCAACAUUGGUCACUUUGACAACGAGAUCGACAUGAACGGCCUCGAGACCUACCCUGGUGUCAAGCGCAUCACCAUCAAGCCUCAGACUGACCGUUGGGUCUUCCCCGAGACCAACACUGGCAUCAUUGUUCUUGCUGAGGGCCGUCUGAUGAACCUUGGCUGUGCCACUGGCCACCCCAGCUUUGUCAUGUCUUGCUCAUUCACUAACCAGGUCAUUGCUCAGCUCGAGUUGUGGAAGGAGAAGGCCACCGGCAAGUACGAGAAGAAGGUGUAUGUUCUCCCCAAACACCUCGACGAGAAGGUCGCCGCCCUCCACCUGGGCAAGCUCGGUGCCAGGCUGACCAAGCUCACCAAGGCCCAGUCUGAGUACAUCAGCAUCCCAGUUGAGGGUCCCUACAAGCCUGCGGCGUACCGGUACUAGUGUGUGUGUGUCCAGCACGACUAGCGGCUGGCCUGAGCGGCGGCACUCUGCCACGGCGACCUAUGAACCUGUUUUCCUUUGCAUUAUCUAUCUAGAUAUAGGUGUGUGUUCUCUUAGGUGGAGGAUUUGUCACGGUUAUGUUUUUAGACCGGUGAGGGUGUGGUGGACGGAGGUGGCGUUUGCUUUUGCCCAGAAAUAAUGGUGUUAUUAUUUUGGAUUUAAAUGAGGAGGUGUGAUUUGCCGGA